UUAAUAACAUUUUUCAAUGGAGGAAUGUCAAUGUAAACUAUUCCAAACAGCAACAAGUUGAAGUUACAAAAACGCAGGAUUGGCUGACAAAGCAAGUGCAGAAAUGGAUAGGUCUGGUUAUUCCAAGAAAAAAAAUGCUGCUAGUGAAGAACAGAAGAGGAAUAUGCAGAAAGCAGCAAUGCAGGAGGUGUUGCCUGGGUAUGAGGACUAUUUGAUUUUGUUACAAGAGAGAAAUAGGCUUUUGAAGAAAAUGAGAAAGAAAAGCAAGAGACAGAUUGAAAAUGAAAGAAAAGAACAGGGAUUUUCUAUUUACGUAAGUGGUGCAAAUGCAGGAAAACAGCGACACCCUUCAUCAUCUCGAAAUGAGGAGAGGAUGGAGAGCCCAGAGCCAGAAACCGAAAGACAGAGGGUGAAAACUGCUGGAGACAUUCGCCAGAAAAGGGUUAUAGACCAUCGAGAUCUAAAUCUACUGGCUGCCGAGGAGAAAAGGAAAAUGGAAGAGAAAAAUCGAGUAAAAACUGCCCCAGCUCGAGAGCGAAGGAGAAAUUGGUUAGCUGGAUCAGUCAACAUUAAAACAGAGCGGGGAGAGCGGUGUCGUCUCAAGGCCCCAGAGAUAGUAACAGGAAAUUAUGAGGACGAUUUUGAGGACAGUGAGGAAGAGGACAAAAAAGACAAUAAGUUAAACUCUGUAGACCUUUAUGAGGAUUCUGAUAGUGAGAUAGAAAUUGAUGCUUCCAAAUUCAAUAAAUCCCCGGUGAAGACUACCCCUCCAAAGAAUGUCUCCUCCAAACCAAAGAGGGCUGUGAAAUCAGCCCCACCUACCCAGCAGAGAAAAACCACGACCUCUAAAACCAAACCCAAACCCCCAGAGUCUGAUUCUGAAGAUGAGGAAGAGAAUGAGAAACUUAUGCUGAGUAUCGCUGAUAUAAAGAAACUUCGACAAAGCCUUGCCAUGAAUAGAAGUAUACAAGAAAGUUUGGCGAAAGAAGUUAGCAGUGAUUUGUCUGAUGAAGAAGAUAUCCCAGAAUGCUUGGAUCAAAAUGGAUGGUCACAGGAUGAAGGAGAAUCUGUGAGGGCAUCCCCCAUCCCUGAGGAGGACAUUGAGGAGGACUUGGUCCCCGCUAUGGACAGUGUAUCCUUAGACAGCAGGGACAAACCAACCAAUAAACCUCCCUCGUUCAAACCCACAGACACCAUAGUCUUAGAACUAGAGGCUCCACCCACUAAGGCUAAAGUCCAGAAGAAUUUGUCAGCUGCAAGGAAAAAAGAUAUAGACGAAGAUUUAACAGAUUACAAGUCCAAAAGGAAAGAACAGCCUGUCUCUAAACCCAAACCAUCCCCAACCCUGGAGUCAAACCAGAAAAAGCCAUCCAAUCGCCCUCUGUCAGCAAGUCGAGUCCGCACAAAGACAGCCAUGGAUACAGAGGAGGAGGCAUCCGCAGUGCUAGAGGCUCUGAGGGCAGAAAAUGAACAGGCAUCCAAGCUCAAGAAAGAGGCUCCAAGAAAACUACCCCCAACCCCUAAAAAGAGACUUCGUCCUGCCAGCGCUGGCCAGGUUCCUUCCUCUCCACUGCCCUCCGCUGAAGUACGACCCUCGUCACGCUCCACUCGGAAAUCUCCACACUCUUCCGUCACAGAGAGUAACCAGUCCAGUGUUGUCGGCAAUAGUGUGAGAGAGAGUAGCCAGUCCAGUGUGGUUGGCGGUAGUGUAAGUGUGCAGGAGAGCUUCCUGGCCGACAACAGAAUCUCAGAAGUCAUGAAGAAAGUUCUUCUUAUGCAACCAAAGCAACAAAAGAAGUUGAUGAGAGUGCUCAGUAAGAUUGACAAUUCUGUUGAAGAAAAUGAUGACAAAUCAAAUCAUCCUCCAUCUUCCAAACCAGUGAAGGCCACACACCCACUCAAUAACAUGGUCAAUCAAAGUUCAAAGGGAUUGGCUAGAAAAUAUUCACCCAGUGAGAAUAGUAUAGAAGUGAACUUUGAACUGACUUCUAACUGGGGUCACAAAAAUCUGAUUGGUUUAACUGAGAUUCAGUUCUAUGACAUGGACAGACAAGUCAUCCCAGUGCGUAAAGAAGAAGUUUCAGUUCAUGGUGCUGGGCAACAACAGGGGCCCAUUGAUGUCCUGUUCAAUGGGAAAACCAAGACAAACAAGGAGAGGAACAUGUGGUGCUGUAAAUUCAGGAAAACAGUUCCUGUAGAAAUCUGUAUAAGUCUGCAGACGAAAAAACCCAACACUGAGGUGUCCAAAAUCAAGAUCUGGAACCACAACAAAAGCAUCACGGAUUUGGAUAUUGGAGUUAAACAUGCCCGAAUAUUUGUGGGUGGAAUUCUUGUGUUUGAUGGAAACAUAGAAAAAGGUUGUGGAAACCAAGUGUUUGACUAUGGAUUUGUGAUACCUCUAAAGGAUAUUGGUGAUAAAGUGUCACCUCGUGACCCAGCUAACAGCCCAAGCCCCAUCAGUCUGUCACCGGUCAUUCACACCAGAUCUCCCACAUAUGACAAGUCAGCCUCACAAAGAAAGUCUCAAAGCAACUUGACCCCCACCCCCUCACCUUCCACAGACAAUGCCCACAGAAACCCAUUUGAACAGGCUUUCAGCAGGUCUUCCCAGUCCAAGCCUCCCUCCCACUCCCCCACCCCCUCCCCCAGAGUCCCACCCCUAGACCUGAGGCAAAAUGGAGGACCCUCCCCAUCCUCUGGCGAUCGGCCGGUGAUUCGCAGUGAGACUCGGACCAUGAACCACUCAGAGAGGGACAUUCAGCGACCCAUGGUGACCUCUGACAGGUCUGGAUCAGAGGCCGAGGAGGCACACACCAGAGGUCGUAAAAAUUGGUCCCCGCCAACUGGCGAACUGUUCGACGAAGAUCCACGGCAGUUCUGGGUGGAUAUGAAUUCCAAAAAGGAAGAUGACUCCAAAGUGGCUGGAAAACAAAGAAGUGGCUCUAAAACGCCCAGGAAGUCCAAACGGAUGGCUGCUAAACUGGACGGACAUUCCUCCACGGAGGGCGAUAUAACACCCAGCAAUUCAAAAUCUGUGUCGGAAAGUGCUGAGGUGAGAACGCCUCGGGGUAAGAAGACGGAGGACAGACCGGGGUCAGUCCAGGAGAAGAAGGGGACAGCCAGACAGCCGGAGGCAGAGGAUGCCAAAAACAACACCUCGGAUGAGUCCCUGCUACAGAGUCAGGACGACAUACCCAUGAUACAGAAACUGAAGCAGAUGAACCAGGGCUCAAAGGAUCAGAAAAGAAAAAAAGAUGUUCCGAAAUGGUUAAAACAGGAGGAAGAAAAUGCAGGUCCUUUUGAGAAGCCACCGAGUCGAGGAGGAAGUGGCCAGGAUGUAGCAACACCCUUACCACUCAAAGAUCACAUGACCCAGCAGAAAGAUGUGGACAUGCUGAUUGAUGAAGAACUAGCACUGUGGCCAGAGAGUGGGAAGCCUGAUCUUAAGACAGUAUUUGACACAGAUAAAAAACCUCCAGUAGCGUCUAGGGAAGUGAAAGAAAGUGAUAGUGCCACACCCAUGAAGAAAAUUCAACAGAACCGGGCCAAGUGGAGAGACUCUCAGAAAAAGAACUUGGAGGAAUCUUGGGGCUCACUAAAUAUGUUUGACAGACAUCAGAAAGGCAGGAUCUCCAUGGACUUAGAUGAUGAUGCUCUAGAUGAAUAUCUACAAAUGCCAUCUAAGAAAGCCACACCCAAUCAGCCGUCAAUCAAAGAGGAGGCAGAGGAGGUGGAACCAAUAACAACAUCUCCAGGAGGAGAGCCUGAUGACAACUUUGUGAUACCAGAGCUGCCCUAUGGGAAGGAGUUGGUGAUAAACAUUAAGACUACCUGGGGAGACAAGCAUUAUGUGGGACUGACGGGAGUAGAGGUCUUCUCCAGCACCGGCGAGUCCAUGACCAUCACUAAGAUCACAGCCAAACCUCUGGAUAUCAACAUUCUGAAUGAGUACGACAAGGACCCCAGGGUGGUAACCAACUUAGUGGAUGGGGUCAACCGCACGAGGGAUGAUGUUCACAUGUGGCUGACUCCCUUUACUCCAAAGAAGGACCACUUUAUAUACCUCACAUUUGAAAAACCAUGCCAGGUUGCUCUCAUGAGAAUAUGGAACUACAAUAAAUCUCGUAUUCACUCAUACCGUGGUGCUAAAGAUGUGAUAAUUCAGCUCGACAGCAAUGUGAUAUUUAAAGGCGAGAUAGCUCGAGCCUGUGGUGGGAUAGAGGGAGGGACCGAGGCAUUUGGAGAUACAAUCCUGUUCACAACAGAUGAAAACAUUCUGGAAGCUGUGUCUAAGAAUGAUGACGCUUAUGAAGGAGACAUGUUAGAUGACUCAGAACCUGACGAUGUUCCAUUUGAGCGACCAAGCACAGCUGAUGGAGGAAGUGAUGAGGUAGAACCAUCUAAUGUGAAAAAGGAUCGGCCAUUUACUCGAGCCCAAGGAAAUCUUAAGAAGCAGGGUGAGACCUCCCCUGUCCCACCCCGCCCUGCCACCAGUAUGGUCACAGAAGGGGAUGUCAUUGUGUUCAAAGGGAAAAGUCUCCAGUUAAACUUCACAGACACAUGGGGUGACCUACACUACCUAGGACUGACAGGGCUGGAGAUCCUGGGGAAGGAUGGUGAGGCCUUACCGGUCAGUCUGGACAUGAUGCAGGCCAGCCCAUCAGAUCUACACCACCUCCCGGGGCACGAGUCUGACGACCGAACCCUGGACAAGGUGAUCAAUGGUAACAAUGUGACGUGUUCUGAUGAGAACAUGUGGCUCAUUCCGUUUAACGAGGGUCAGAACCACGAAUUAACAAUCACGUUCAGCCAGGCUCUGAUGAUGGCGGGUCUGCGGGUGUGGAACUAUAACAAGAGUCCCGAGGAUACCUACAGAGGGGCUAAGACUGUGCAUGUUCAGAUUGAUGGGAAACAGGUGUCUCCCCCUGAGGGCUACCUUAUCAGGAAGGGGCCCGGCAACUGCUACUUCGACUUUGCUCAGGAAAUAGUUUUUGCUGGUCAACAGAAGCCUCCUAUCCCCCCAACUAGUGAAACCAAAAUGGACUCCUCUGUUAGGAGUUCGGUGACAGAUGAUGGAGAAUAUGAGUCUGUGCAGAUGCCUUGUGGAUUCAUCUACCAGUUACAUCUGAUUUCCACCUGGGGAGACCCCUACUAUGUUGGUCUGAAUGGAAUCGAGAUCUACGAUGCCAGUCACAACAAGAUUGAGUUGACUGAAACAAAUAUAGCAGCCUAUCCAGACAGUGUGAAUGUGUUGGCCAACAUACAGAAUGAUGUAAGAACCCCAGACAGACUUAUAGACGGAGUCAACAGUACCAAUGAUGGCAGACACAUGUGGCUGGCCCCCAUCUUACCAACCACUUUGAACCGGGUGUAUGUGAUAUUUGACCAACCUACAGCAGUGUCCAUGAUCAAGAUUUGGAACUACAGCAAGACAGCCAAUAGGGGAGCUAAAGACAUUGCAUUACUGGUGGAUGACCUUCUGGUGUAUAACGGGAUGUUACAACCAGUGAGGGCAGGGGCAAAGGGAAUUGUGCCCAACUGUGACACUCCCCAGAGCUACCACACCAUCCUCUUCACAGACAACAAAGACAUCAUCAGAAAGGAGAAACACUCCAUCAUCAGUAACCAGGCGGGAGAGCAGGACAUCCAACUGACCAAUGAUAAGAUCGUAGUGGGCCAGUAUAGUGACCCCAAGAAGGCCCAGCAGGGCAAACCAGUCAAUCAAGAGCUGAGACCAAAGACCAGUGUUGUGGCCCACAAGUACAGAAGAUAGGGAGUAUUAAAGGAGAGGACAGAGCAGACAGGAGGAGGACUGGGUAGAGCUGUCAACAUCAUACCAGUAAUGGCAGAUGUACUGGGUAGAACUCUCAACAAAGCAACAGACAGAAUAGGCAGUUCGUCAACAACUGGUGGAAUGAUCGGAGCUGUCAACAACAACAAUUGGAAUAGGCAGAAUUGUACACUACAUCAGCCUUUGAUGGAAUAAACUGGCUUGUCAACAUGAAUAAUAGGCAAAAGGAAUACUGACAGACAUGCAGAGCUGAUGACUCCAGUAUUUUCAUAAAUACAACCACCAGCCAGUCAUUAAAAGAAAAACACAGAAAAUACGCUAAAAAUACAGACACAUAUACAUUAUAAAAGUAUGAGGAAAUGUUGGGUUUUUUCCUUCAUGGAAACCAAUCCAUUUGAUCUGUGUGAAUCUUUUUUUUCAAAGACAUAGUUAAUUUGCAUAAAUGUAAGGUCAGUGGAGUUUACAAAUUGUAGAUUUUAUGGGAGAUUACUCUGCCCUUCAAUCUACUAAUACACAGAAACAAGAAAGUUAUAGAUGUUUUGCAUAAAAAGAAUUUUGGUCAUUUUGCUCAUAUGCCAUACCUUCAUACUUGAUACACAAUGACAGCUGAUAGUUCUGUGUACACAAGUUGUACACAAUUAGCUGAUAGUGCUAAAUGGAUUAUAGAUACAAGUAAAUACCAGGCGCAGACACAUGAUGUUAUAAAUAGGUUUAUGUACAUGUGUUUGGAAAUAUUGCAUCCAAUCUUUGGCACAUCAAUCAUGUGUUCCAGUGGUUCUUUUACGUUAUCAAUGGUGCUGAUACAUGGAUAGGGAAUUAUGGUUGUUUAUUGCAAGUUAUGAAAUAAAACAUUGUUUAUGUGCUAUUAUUUCUUUAAUGUUAGUUAGACUUAAUAAAUUCAGUAAAUCAUUUAUUAUUAAAAUGAUUUGCAUACAGAAUUGAUGUAUAGUAUAGUGAAAAUGUCACUAUAGGGAUAACUGUGUAUUGAUAUUGUUAGAUGAGGAAGGGCGAUUUAUAGAUACUCAAUACAUAAUGUUGCAGUACACUUUUUAUUGAGGCAUGUAAGAGGUAGGUUAUGUACUGUGUUUCUCCUCUGCCAGUCACAUUUUUUUUAAAUUUUUAAUAUCUCUCUUUUCUGGCAUUGGUACCUGUCUGGAGACUUGUAAAGUCAACAGACAAUUUGUCCAAGUGUGAAGAAGGUCUGAAAGCUUUAACUUAUUUGUGUGUGAAUGAACCGAGUGUAAGUGAAUCUUCCGUCCAUAGUAAUGUAUUAAUUCUGUGCUCAGGCUGUUAUUUUCAGCAUAGUUGCUGAAUGUGAUACUUUUGUUACGGUAUAUGGUUGUAUAUACAUAUCUGUGAGUCUUACGACUCUACCAAAUGUGAUCUUCACAAUAAAUAUACUUUCAA